UUUUUGGGGGGAGACGGAGAAGGCAGGCCGCGCCCUCUCCAACUCACGACGUCACUCCGUCGGCGCUCGGCGUGUGUCGGGCUUUUCGCUUGCUAGUACAUGCUUCGCAGGUCGCGCCUCCGCCUGGCUUCACCAUUACCGGAGGGGUCGAGCGGCCUGGCGGCCCGGAGACCCAGUGCGCGUCGUGAGAGCUCAGAAGCACGGUCAGGGAGAGGCCCGUGCGCAGCCCUGGACGGACGCACCGCUGUUUGCGUUUCCUCAGAGCGCGGCGUAGGAGUCGCUUCAUCAUGAGAAAUCUAAAGUUAUUUCGGAGCUUGGAGUUCAGGGAUAUUCAGGCUCCAGGGAAACCUCAGUGCUUCUCUCUCCGAACUGAACAGGACACAGUGCUCAUUGGCUCAGAACAUGGACUGAUAGAAGUAGACCCUGUCAUAAGAGAGGUGAAAAAUGAAAUUCCUCUGGUGGCAGAAGGCUUUCUCCCAGAGGAUGGAAGUGGCUGCAUUGUUGGUAUUCAGGAGUUGCUGGAUCACGAGUCUGUGUGUGUGGCCACAGCUUCUGGAGAUGUCCUACUUUGCAAUCUCAACACACACCAGCUGGAAUGUGUCGGGAGUGUAGCCAGUGGUAUCUCUGUCAUGAGUUGGAGUCCUGACCAAGAGCUGGUGCUUCUUGCCACAGGUCAACAGACCCUAAUUAUGAUGACAAAAGAGUUUGAACCAAUCAUGGAACAGCAAAUCCACCAGGAUGAUUUUGGUGAAAGCAAGUUCAUCACUGUUGGCUGGGGCAGGAAGGAGACGCAGUUCCAUGGAUCAGAAGGCAGGCAAGCCGCCUUUCAGAUGCAAAUGCAUGAGUCUGCUUUGCCCUGGGAUGACCAUAGACCACAAGUUACCUGGCGUGGUGAUGGACAGUUUUUUGCUGUGAGUGUUGUUUGCCCAGAGACAGGGGCUCGAAAGGUCAGAGUGUGGAGCCGGGAGUUUGCUUUACAGUCAACCAGUGAGCCUGUGGCAGGACUGGGACCUGCUCUGGCUUGGAAGCCCUCAGGCAGUUUGAUUGCAUCUACGCAAGAUAAACCCAAUCAGCAGGAUGUUGUGUUUUUUGAGAAAAAUGGACUUCUCCAUGGACAUUUUACACUUCCUUUCUUUAAAGAUGAGGUUAAGGUUAAUGACCUUCUCUGGAAUGCAGAUUCCACUGUGCUUGCAGUUUGGCUGGAAGACCUUCAGAGGGAAGAAAAUUCCACUCUAAAAACCUAUGACAGGGUAUUGGUGACAGUCUUCCGGCAGGGUGUGGUUCCACCUCCCAUGUGCACCUACCGACUGCUGCUCCCACACCCUGUAAAUCAAAUCAUGUUCUCGGCACACCCUAAAAAGAGCAAUGACCUCGCUGUCCUCGAUGCCAGUAACCAGAUUUCUGUUUAUAAAUGUGGUGAUAGUCCAAGCAUAGACUCUACGGUGAAACUGGGAGCUGUGGGUGGAAAUGGAUUUAAAAUUUCUCUUAGAACACCUCAUCUGGACAAGAGCUACAAAAUUCAGUUUGAGAACAGUGAAGAUGAAGAAGUAAACCCACUGAAGCUCGGCCUUCUCACCUGGGUUCAGGAAGACGUUUUCCUGGCUGUGAGCCACAGUCAGUCCAGCCCACAGUCUGUCAUUCACCAUCUGACUGUGGCCCCUUCUGCGAUGGAUGACGAGCAGGGACAGCUCAACAUUAGUUCAUCUGUGACAGUGGAUGGGGUCAUAAUCAGUCUGUGUUGCAACUCCAAGACCAAGUCAGUAGCACUGCAGGUGGCUGGUGGUCAGAUACUUAAGUACCUUUGGGAAUCACCCUCUCUGGCUGUUGAACCAUGGAAGAACCCUGGUGGAUUUCCUGUUCGAUUUCCUUAUCCGUGCACACAGACCGAACUGGCCAUGGUUGGAGGAGAGGAAUGUGUCCUCGGUCUGACUGAUAGAUGUCGCUUUUUCAUCAAUGACACUGAGGUUGCUUCAAAUAUCACAUCAUUUGCAGUAUAUGAUGAGUUUUUAUUGUUGACAACUCAUUCCCAUACUUGCCAGUGUUUUUGCCUGAGAGAUGCAUCAUUGAAAACAUUACAGGCAGGUCUGAGCAGCAGCCAUGCGUCUAAUGGGGAAUCUCUGCGGAAGGUGGAGAGGGGUUCACGCAUUGUCACUGUUGUGCCCCAGGACACAAAGCUUAUAUUACAGAUGCCAAGGGGAAACUUAGAAGUUGUUCAUCAUCGAGCCCUGGUUUUAGCUCAAAUUCGGAAGUGGUUGGACAAACUAAUGUUUAAAGAAGCAUUUGAAUGCAUGAGAAAACUGAGAAUUAAUCUCAAUCUGAUUCAUGAUCAUAACCCUAAGGUGUUUCUUGAAAAUGUGGAAACCUUCAUAAGACAGAUAGAUUCUGUAAAUCAUAUUAAUCUGUUUUUCACAGAAUUGAAGGAAGAAGAUGUUACAAAAACCAUGUACCCUCCACCAGUUACCAGCACUGUCCAGCUGUCCAGCAAUCCUGAUGGGAAAAAAGUAGACCUUAUCUGCGAUGCUAUGAGAGCAGCCAUGGAGAACAUAAAUCCUCACAAGUACUGCCUAUCAAUACUCACCUCUCACGUGAAAAAAACCACCCCAGAACUGGAAAUUGUGCUGCAGAAGGUACACGAGCUUCAAGGAAGUGCUGCACCUGUUCCUGAUGCUGUGAGUGCUGAAGAGGCCCUGAAGUAUUUGCUGCUUCUUGUAGAUGUUAAUGAAUUAUAUGAUCAUUCUCUUGGGACCUAUAACUUUGAUUUGGUCCUCAUGGUAGCUGAGAAGUCACAGAAGGAUCCCAAAGAAUACCUUCCAUUUCUAAAUACACUUAAGAAAAUGGAAAUGAAUUAUCAGCGGUUCACUAUAGACAAAUAUUUGAAACGGUAUGAAAAAGCCAUUGGCCACCUCAGCAAAUGUGGACCGGAGUACUUCCCAGAAUGCUUAAACUUAAUAAAAGAUAAAAACUUGUAUAACGAAGCUCUGAAGUUAUAUCCACCAAACUCGCAGCAGUACAAGGACAUCAGCAUUGCUUACGGGGAACACCUGCUGCAGGAGCACCUCUGUGAGCCAGCAGGGCUCGUGUUUGCCCGCUGUGGUGCCUACGAGAAAGCUCUCAGUGCCUUUGUGGCUUGUGGCAGUUGGCAGCAAGCUCUCUGUGUGGCAGCCCAGCUUCACUUGACCAAAGACCAGCUGGCUGGCCUGGGCAGAACUCUGGCAGGAAAGCUAGCUGAGCAGAGGAAGCACGGUGACGCAGCCACAGUUUUGGAACAGUACGCCCAGGAUUAUGAAGAAGCUGUGCUCUUGCUGUUAGAAGGAGCUGCCUGGGAAGAAGCUCUGAGACUGGUACACAAAUAUAACAGACCAGAUAUUAUAGAAACCAACGUAAAGCCUUCCAUUUUAGAAGCCCAGAAAAAUUAUAUGGCGUUUCUGGACUCUCAGACAGCCACAUUCAGUCGCCAUAAAGCACGUCUAUUGGUGGUGCGAGAGCUCAAGGAGCAAGCACAGCAGGUGCAUCUGGAUGAUGAGGCACCCCACGGUCAAGAGUCAGACCUCUUCUCUGAAACUAGCAGUGUCAUGAGUGGCAGUGACAUGAGUGGCAAAUAUUCCCACAGUAACUCCAGAAUAUCAGCGAGAUCAUCUAAGAAUCGGCGCAAAGCGGAACGGAAGAAGCACAGCCUCAAGGAAGGGAGUCCACUGGAGGAUCUGGCCCUUUUGGAGGCAUUGGGUGAUGUGGUGCAGGGCACUGAAAAAUUGAAAGAUGAAAUAUACCAUAUUUUAAAGAUACUCUUUCUCUUUGAGUUUGAUGAGCAAGGAAGGGAAUUACAGAAGGCCUUUGAAGAUACUCUGCAGCUAAUGGAAAGGUCACUUCCAGAAAUUUGGACUCUCACCCCCCAGCAGGGUUCAGCUACACCUGUUCUAGGUCCCAAUUCUACUGCAAAUAGUAUCAUGGCCUCUUACCAACAAGAAAAGACUUCAGUUCCUGUUCUUGGUUAGUAUUUUUUUCUCUCUAAAUUAUUAUAGUACUAAGCAGAAGGAGAAUCUUUUUCUAAGUGUUGAGAUGGUUAGUAGUAUAAGGAGAGAUUGGGGAAUCACUACUAUUUUCCCUCAGUUCUAAGAGUCUGUCUUUAGUAAAAUUAGUUUAAUGCCUUUAGUGUUGGGAUCCUGGGUUGGCGGGUAAGAAAUCCAAUAUGACAUUAAAUGUAUAAUUAAAAAAAAAUUGUUCUGACAUACACACUUAUUAAUGCAAUGGCAUACACUAGUCCAUACAGACACAUCACAGUUGAAGAAGUGUGACUCCUAAACAGUCUAAUUUGCACAUACAUUUUAAGGAUUCAUCUGAAUCAUCCUUUUUGGCUAUUGGCAGUUUUGCAUUGUGUCUUGGGGACAUUUUCAUAUUCCUGCUUAAGAGCUGGACCAUUUUAGUCAUACUUAGGAUUAACAGUAUAAUUUGAAAACAAAUCCAAAGAAGAUUAGCAUUUCAUCUGCAUUUUCUGUUGAAUUCCUAAAAUGUUCUGUUUCUUUGUGGUGGGGGGGAGAGGAUUCUCAUCAGUGAGGUUACAUAUUCCUCAAAUUUAAAAGCCCUAAAGGCUUUCUUUUGAAAGUUGGUUAAAAACCUUUUGACAGAUCAAUUUGGUGCCACAGUAUUUGCCCUUCAUGUGGAUCAGUCAAGCAUAGCAACUUCUUUUUAGCUUUGAAACGGUGGCAGUUUUUACGGCUGCUAUUUGCAUUUCUGGCAUGUGAUAGGCAAUGUUCUGCAAUUUUUUCAUCUAAAUGCUCUACUGUGGUCGCAUUUUGAUAACAUUUGAAGUAGCAUUUGUGGGAGCCAUGUCAAGUUUAACUUUCAUGGCUUAUAUUGCUACCAGGAAUAAAUUAACUCCCUUCCAUUCCAGCUAAGCUCAUAUAUGCAGACAGUUAACUGCUGUAUCCCUAGAUCCCCUUCUUCCUGGAGGCUGGCAAGCUGCCUUUGGUAUCAGUCCCAAAACGUACACUUAUUUCUGAGAUGCUACAAUUCAUCUCAGGCCAGAGGUUGUUUGGUAAUUGUUUAGUUUGUAAUGUGUCUAAUCCAGUUGUGAUUUCUGUCCCGUU